AUGAGGACGGAGCGGGAUAUGCAUCUACGCAGCGGGAAAGUGGUACUGCCUCCGCCUGCACCGGGCCCUGAAAUGCACCAUAUAGGGGAGCCAAACGACGAAUCCGCGGAUUGCCCAAUGGUAACGCCGCGAACAGAACCCGAUCGCUGCAACAGCCCACCCCCCGCGGGGUUGCCUCGAUCGGCACCGAGAGACUGUGAUCGCGAUGAUGGAGGGCGCAAGACAUCCGGAGUGGAGCGAAAUCGGGUGGAUCCAAAUCUACCCUCGUUCUAUCGGGAGCUUGCCUCACAGAUGGCACAGGGGGCAGUGCAGGCGUCCCAUAGGGCCAUCGGAUUCGAGGACGGCGAGAACGUGAGGGAUUUCUUCGACCUAGCGGAGUUAGAUUUCAUUGAGAGAGGGCUGGAAGAACGGGUGUGGGGAGAAGAAAUCAAAAGAUAUCUGAGGGGAGAAGCCUUGAGAUUCUGGUUGUAUCUGCGCCGCACUGGGGAACGUCUAACUGAUUGGGAGCGACUGAGACAACGAUUCUGCGAGCGCUUCUGUAAUAUAACUCUGGAACGGAUGAAAGUCAUGUUAGCGAAGAAUGUCUGGAGGGGCGACCCCCACGCAUACUCUGCGGGUUUUGCGGACAUCGUGGCUCAAGGGGUGACGGUGGCCCCAGAUCUGUUGGUGGGCUACUACCUGGCCAACCUGCCAGAUGAAAUAAUCCGGGAGGUUACUCACGGGGGAACAAGGAGAUUCUCCGAUUGGCAGGAAGCCGCCGCAGCACUGGCAACCAUGGUGUUGCCGUGGAAGGAUUUGCGCGAAGAAUGCCACCGUCUCCGGCGAGACUUAGAGGAUGCCUCACGAAAGUGGGAUAAAGGUGGGCGCGAGCCGGGCCUACCACGCGAACGAGAGAACAGGGACGACAGAAGGAAUGAUAUUGCGGACACACACUGCUACGCGUGCAGCGGAAGGGGACAUGUGGGCAGGGACUGUCCCCUCCGUAUUGGAGCGACGCGACGAAACGGGGAAAUGUGCUCCCGGUGUGGAGGCCGGGAUCACUAUGCUAGAGAUUGUCCUACGCCAGCUCGCCCCAGGGCAGAGCCCGUCCGGUCGCCCAGACAGCAGCCAACGCGGCCCAGCGCCAACCGACCGGGGCAUUUAAACGAACGAGCCUAG